AUGAGUGAUAAUAAUAAUUUUCCAUACGAAUAUGAGAAGCUAUCUCCAGAAGAAAACAAAGAGUUAAUGGAUUACAUGAAUGGCUUCCAAAUGAAUUUCAUUCGCAUUGGACCCAAAGGCUAUUUCUUCUCCGACUAUUUUAUGACACAUGCUCCAAACAUUUACAACAUGGAAAUUAAAUCUGAUGACGUUUUUGUUGCAACUUUCCCAAAAUCAGGUACAACUUUAAUGCAGGAGCUUGUUUGGUUGGUUCGAAAUAAUUUAGACUUUGAAAAAGCUAAAGCUAUAAAGCUCAACGACAGAUUUCCAUUUCUAGAAGAGAGCACUAUAGCGCCUCAUCCGCCGUCUACUGAUUUACCGGCCACGGUAGAUGAAUCUGUUAUUAAAUCGUUGAUGCCUAUGACCGUUGACCAAAUAAAGGCAUUGCCAUCUCCAAGAUUUAUCAAAACUCACUUGCCUAUGUCUCUUCUUCCACCAAAUCUAUUAGAUACUGCAAAGGUGGUGUAUGUAGCUCGUGAUCCACGUGAUGUUGCCGUCUCUUUCUUCCAUCACAAAAAGCUGAUGCGAGUCAUGAGCCAAGAGCCAGAGUUCAAGCCAUAUUGGAAAUAUUUUAUGGAAAACAAAGUUAUAUGGUCACCGUAUUUUGAACAUUUGCUGGAAGCAUGGGGGAAGAGAAAUCAUCCAAACCUACUAUUUUUAUUCUAUGAAGAUUUAGUAAAGGACUUACCAUCAGGCAUUCGACGUGUCGCAAAAUUCUUAGACAAACAACUGACUGAUGAUGAAGUAGCUAAUCUCAGCGAACACUUAAAGUUCGAUAACUUUAAAAAAAAUAAAUCAGUAAACAUGGAGGACUUUCAAAAAAUCGGCAUAUUCAGGAACGAUGGCGGCUUCGUCAGGAAAGGGAAAUCGGGUGGAUGGCGCGAACAUUUUGACGAAGAGAUGACGGCCGAAGCUGACGAAUGGAUCAAGAAUAUGCUUCGCAGCACUGAUUUUCGUUUUCCACAUAUG